AUGUUCAACAAGCUGGCCGGGCAGCCAGAGAGCUAUGAGAAAAAGGCGCUCUACAAAUUCGGCCGAACCCUCGGUGCAGGCACCUACGGAAUCGUUCGCGAGGCGGAGACGGCCGAUGGCAAAAAAGUCGCAAUCAAAAUCAUCUUGAAGAAGAAUGUGCGUGGCAAUGAAGGCAUGGUCUAUGAUGAGCUGGAGAUGUUGCAGAAGGUCAAGCACCCUCACAUCGUGUCGUUUGUGGAUUGGUUCGAGUCCAAGGACAAAUUCUACAUCGUUACUCAGCUUGCCACCGGUGGAGAAUUAUUCGAUCGAAUUUGCGAGUAUGGAAAAUUCACGGAAAAGGAUGCGUCCCAGACCAUUCGUCAGGUUCUCGAUGCCGUCGACUACCUUCACAAACUCAACAUUGUUCACCGGGACUUGAAACCGGAGAAUCUCCUCUAUCUUACACGCGAUCCCGAUUCGGAGCUCGUCUUGGCUGAUUUCGGUAUCGCCAAGAUGCUAGAGAAUUCCGCAGAGGUGCUCACCAGCAUGGCUGGAUCCUUUGGUUAUGCCGCUCCGGAGGUCAUGCUCAAGCAGGGCCACGGAAAAGCCGUGGAUAUGUGGUCCCUGGGCGUUAUCACCUACACCUUGCUCUGUGGUUAUUCCCCGUUCCGAUCGGAGAAUUUGACCGACUUGAUCGAAGAGUGCCGAAGCGGCCGCAUCAUUUUCCACGAGCGAUACUGGAAGGAUGUCUCGCAAGACGCCAAAGAUUUCAUCCUCAGUCUCUUGGAACCAGAUGCCCACAAGCGGGUGACCUCGGAGGAAGCUUUGAAACACGAAUGGCUGACUGGAGAAUCCGCCGGUGAUCGUGAUCUGCUACCCGAGAUUCGCGCCUACAUUGCCCGGGCUCGCCUCCGCCGCGGUAUCGAGAUUGUCAAGCUGGCCAACCGCAUCGAGGCACUCAAGAUGCACGAAGAGGAAGGUCAAGAAGACAUUCCCAGUCCUAUGGAGAUGGCCGGCAACGCCGCGUCUGCUGGACCUACCGAGGGGGGCGAGAGCGAUGCCACUUCCCCUUCUACCAAGAAGCGCAGUCUCAGCAAGCUCGGUAACGGAGCCAUCUUCCGCGAGGUGGUUCUGGCCAAGCUUCGGGAUGCCAAGGAAAAUGAAGAGCGAGAAAAGAUCGAACGAGAGGCUCGCGAGAAGGCGUCACAUCAUUAA